UCCAACAUGAAAUUCUCCACCAAUAAAAUGUUAAAGACACUUUUAUAUGAUAGUUUUUAAGCCUCUACAUUUUCUUUUGUUAAGUUGAGUGUUUUCAUCAUCUCUCACGACUAGUCAUAUGCUGCUAUACUUUUGACAAGCUUAUGUUGCGGUUGUCAAAUUUAUUAAUACUUUGAAAAAACAUGGAGUUGAACUGUUCAAUACAAAAUUAUGAAUGGGGUAGAAAAGGGAGUGACAGUAUAAUAGCUAAUUUGAUGAAGUCUUCCAACCCAGAUUUUAUUAUCAAUGAAAGUUUACCAUAUGCAGAGCUUUGGAUGGGCACACAUCCAAAUGGACCUUCAUUAUUAAAGGGCAAGAACAUUUUUUUAGAGGAGUACGUUAGGGAUAACAAUCACGUUCUUGGCAAAGUGUUAAUAGACAAAUACAAUGGCAAAAUACCUUUUUUACUCAAAGUGGAAUCAGUGAGAAAAGCUUUGUCUAUUCAAGUUCAUCCCAGUAAGGAACAAGCAGAGAUGUUGCAUCAGUCAAGCCCAAAUAUCUACAAGGAUGAUAAUCACAAACCAGAAUUGGCAGUAGCACUUUCGAAAUUUGAAACUCUGUGUGGCUUUCGUCCGAUUUCUGAAAUAAAAAACUAUUUACGAUCCAUCCCAGAAUUAUGCUUUGUCAUUGGGCACAACGAAAUAUCUCAUAUGUUUUCCAGCAGUGAAUCAAACUUUCUGGAUAUUUUAAAAAAUUGUUUUAUCAACUUGAUGUCACAAGAAACUGAAAUCGUAGCUGAGCAAUUGAAAAAAUUAAUAAAACGGCUCUCUGAUCUCGAUGAAACAACUAGACAAAGCUUAAAAGCUGAUCUUCUUGAGCGAUUAUACUCUGACUAUCCAGAUGACGUUGGUUGUUUUUGUAUUUAUUUAUUCAACCAUGUAACACUGCAACCUGGAGAAGCAAUGUACAUUGCGGCCAAUGAACCCCAUGCAUAUCUCUCUGGUGACUGCAUAGAAUGCAUGUCUUGCUCGGACAAUGUUGUUAGGGCAGGUUUGACUCCAAAAUUGAAAGAUGUUGAAACACUUAUAAGCAUUUUGUCUUAUACAUGUGAACCUGCAUCAGCUAAGUUAUUUAAACCGAUCAAGGAAGAUGAAUGUACUCAAAUUUUUAAACCUCCAGUACAGGAUUUUGCUGUAGCCAAGAUCGUUAUUCCACCGAGAAAAUCGUAUGAUCUAAUACCCAGAAGCACUGCCAGUAUUAUGAUUGUAAUUUCAGGAAACAUUGAAAUAUCCGAUUCACAAAUUUUUAACAAAGGAUCUGCUUUAUUUUUAUCAGCAGAAGAAAGUAUUAGUAUUAAGACCACAAGUUGUUCAGAACCAGUUAUGAUAUUUCAAGCGUUUGCAAACGUAUAAAAAAAUAUUUAUAUAAAAAAAUAUUUAUAAUUCAUAUGGAACUUGCCUAUGCUCGCAUGAAUCUGCAUUUGAAGGGAUAUUACUAUACGUAAAUAGUUUAAAAUACUGCCUGUACAUAGUUUUUAGCGCAUCGAAAUUAUAAGUGUGAUUUUAUUCAACCGUGUAUCAUUGUAAGUAUACCAAAUUUUACAUACCAAUAUAGACUGACAGUACAACCCAUUCACAUAUAAUAUACUUAUAUAUGAGGAAUAAGCAGUAUUUUUGCAUUUAUCAGAAUGUUUUUACAAAUUUAUUUUAAUAAACACAUUAUCAGAAUACC